AUGUCUGCCUCCACGGCCCCCCGGUCGUUCACGCAGAGGGAAGUGGCCCAGCACCGCACCAAGGACUCCUGCUGGGUGCUGCUGGGUACCAGGGUGUACGACGUGACCGCCUUCCUGCGGAUGCACCCGGGCGGCGAGGCGCUGAUCCUGCGCCGGUCGGGCAGGGACGUGAGCGGCGAGCUGGAGGGACCCCCGCACCGGCACUCGGAGAACGCCCGGCGGUGGUUGGAGCAGUACUACGUCGGGGAGCUGGAGGCGGAGAGCGGCCCCGACGAGGCUGAGCAGACUCUGAGAGAAAGGAGGAAGGAAAGGGAACAGACAGAAGGAAAGAUGCUGAAAGCCAGUGAGGAGGACGAGGAAGACCCAUACAAGCUCUGCAGCUCGGUGGACCUGGAGAAGGACUUGGUGGACUGGAAGCCCCUGGCCUGGCAGGUGGGCCACCUCAGAGAGAAAUAUGACGCGUGGGUUCACCAGCCGGUUGACCGGCCAAUCAGGCUGUUUGGAAAUCCUCUCUUGGAGGCCGGCACCAAGACUUCCUGGUACUGGGUACCAGUGGUGUGGCUUCCAGUCAUCUUUUAUUUCUGUUGGUAUUGCUACACCACCCUGCCUGAAGGCCCAGCCAGGAUAGCUCUGACGUCAGACAUCUCUGUCCCGGUCCAUAUGUCCAUUUUCCCAGUGUUAUUUCUGAUGGGCUGGAUCUUGUGGACGCUCAUCGAGUACUGCAUCCAUCGCUUUGUCUUUCACAUGAAACCACCAGCUCAUAAUUACUACCUCAUCACGCUGCACUUCCUGCUGCACGGGCAGCAUCACAAGUCUCCGUUCGAUGGCUCUCGCCUGGUCUUCCCUCCUGGCCUGGCUUCCUUAGUGGUGGGGAGUUUCUACGUGAUCCUCCAACACACCCUCCCAGAGAUCAUCAGCACGUCCGUGUUUGUCGGGGGACUCAGCGGCUACGUCGUGUACGAUAUGAUCCACUACUACUGCCACUAUGGCUCACCAAAGAGAGGCUCGUAUCUGUACAGCCUGAAGGCCUACCAUGUAAAACACCACUUUGAGCACCAGCGAUCAGGUUUUGGAAUUACCACCAAGUUUUGGGACUAUCCCUUCAACACAGUCAUACCUGAUGAGAAAUUCUGAAACGGGAGCAGCUUCCGGGACUUGUCUCCACCUUCCAUAGCAACCAACCCUGACCCUGGAACAACCGAGAUGCUUGUAGUUCACACUCUGUAGCCAUAGCUUCCCCACCAAGGAGGACGCUUUACACCUGAGGACUAAUCAGUCCAUUCAUGCCAUAACUCAUAUUAACCUGCUCUUUGAUUUCAGCCACCAACACCAACAUUUGCCUGUGUCCUCUGUUCCACUAUUUAUAAAUAAAUCCACAUCUGUUACUGCUGCAUGCCAACUGCAUCAUAAUAUUUAUCUGAAAGACACACAUACAGAUGAAUAAUGCAAAAUGCACAUGUUUGUCUUUUGAUAGUUAUGUUGCAGUUUGAUUCCAAGGAUUCCUGCUGUGGAUCCUGUCCAUCAUAGUCGUAGUGCCCAAAUGGCCUUCAACCUGUGCAGCAGCAUCAUAACACACCGUUCACUCACACUGUAGCUUCCGUCCGAGCGACAGAGAAGGAAAAGGAAGUGAGAGAGAGUAGGUGAAUGUGGAAUAUAGUUUGAGUAGAGCACUGUGACAGAAGGUGUGUGUGUGUGGAUACUAUGUAAGUCAGAGAGAAUUGUCAAACACCAGAUGGAGUAACUUAGGUAAACCCGUCUUUAACCUGCUGCUUGAACGUUCCUCGUGUCCUCAGUGCAGCCGUCCUCUCCCGUGCUCUGCUACGCUGCUAUGCUGGUACGCUCUAGCACAGCUCAGGUUGGAACUGUCUACUCCAACAUAGUCCUAAUGUAGUGUUUUUAACAGUGGAGCGCAAAAAACCAAACUUGCACACAGAAGUGAUUUUGCCAUUGUGUACUAAUGUGACUCAUGUAAGGCAGAGUUUUUAAUGUUCAGAGCAACUGUGGAGAUUUAUUUUUGCAGUAAUUUGUUCUUUCUAUCUUUAAUAACACAACAAAAAAAUAUGUAAAAAGCUAUUUUGUAAGAUGCAUUGUACAUAAGAGGAGAUCCUUUUAAUUGCGACAGCUUUUACGUGUGCAGAUAGUGUCGGUAGCCUGAUUGUACAGUAGGUACACUAUGUUGUCAUGGUGACAGUGUGACAGAGUUGAAGUCAUGAAGCCGGCCUGUGGAACCUCCUGCUGUGGGGAUGUCGGGCUCCUAACGAGCUGCGGGACCCGCCUUGCUGGGUCCUGGUGCGUUGGGGCCUGCAGAUCCCUCAGGAUGACGAUCUAUGAAGCAUCUGACUGGACAGCAGCAGGACUGGCGGAUCCUCACAGUGUCUCCUUCAAACACCAGACAGCACUGAUGACUAGAGCAGAACAAACUAUUUUCAUACAUGAUUGAAGAUUAAGGAUGCUGCAGCACAGACUCACACUUGUGUAAUAUUAUAUAAAUACAUUCUUAUGUAAAAUAACAUCUAUUUUACAAAAUGUCUACUUGUGAAAAGAGUAAAAUAAUGAUAAUGCACUGAUGAGAUUUGCAAGUUUCUCUACGAUGCAACAGUAAUUCUUGAGGUUUAAACUAAAGCCAAAAUGCAUAAUAAAUGUCUUUUAUUUGAAUUGAAGUUCCACCAGGACUCGGUGCCCGGUGGGUACGACCCACAGAACCGUAUACAGUCUGUAUACGGUACUAAUCUGUCUGUACCCAUGAAGGAAAGGGCAGCGAGCGUAAUUAUGACCACGAUGAGAUUGUAGAUAAGUGUAAUGCCUGUGAUUGUGACAGCUGCUCGACAACGUGAAACCGCUUCGCCUGUCGGAGUAACACUGAUAUGAAUCAGGCGAAAGCUUCAGCUGAUCACUGUGAUUCUGAUUCCUGCGAAACAAUGCGGGGUUAAAUAAUGUUUCCUAAAUGUGUUUACUUUAAUAGAACUUUGUAUUUUGGAAUUCUAAAUGCCUGUUUGUAAAUAAAUGUCUCUAUGUUUCUGUCUGUA